AAGCUGCCUGCCUGGCUGCACAGAGAUGGUGAGCGUCUGCCUCAGCCCAAUCAGCAGUUUAGUGCUGCCUACCGGUGCCGGGGACUGGUGGUGAAUCGGCUGCAGCGCGUCAGGACCGGACCGUGAAGCCGGAGACGGUACACACUGAGGCGAAAGGAGACACAGGAUGGAGCGGAUGUCUGAGGAGGCGCUGAGACUCAACCUGCUAAAGCGAGGCCUGGAGUCAACCAGCGAGCGAGAAGAGGCGCUAGCCAAGCGCCUCAAAAUGGAGGGCCACGAGGCUAUGGAACGCCUCAAGAUGCUGGCACUUCUUAAACGCAAGGAUCUAGCUGACCUGGCAGCACUGGAAGUUGCAGGGCCUCUGGGAGAUGGAAAGGGCCCUGGAGUCAGCACUCUACACCACCAGAGCCUAAUGAGCGCUGCUUUUGAGGAGAAGUUAAAUGGAAGUUUGAGGCUAGGAAGUCAUGUCAGCCAUGUUGGACCCAGUAAGAAUGGAAAGGAGAACAUGCUGGAUGAGCCGGUGGAUAUGAGCGCAGGGAGAAGAUGUGAAACGGAGCACAACAGACGAACUCCGUCUCCAGAUGUCAUCAUUUUGUCAGACAAUGAGGCAUCCAGUCCCAGGACAACACCUCGUCCCGAGGAGCGCUUGCACCAAGCCAACCUGGACAUGUUCAAGGGUAAGACGGGAGAAGAGAGACAGCAGAUGAUCAAAGCGCUGAGAGAGGAGCUGCGUCUGGAGGAGGCUCGCCUGGUGCUGCUCAAAAAGCUCAGACAGAGUCAGAUGCAGAAGGAGAACGUUGUGCAGAAGGUGCCUGUUGUCCAGAAUGCUGCAUCCUCUGUGCAACCUCCUCCCAUCCACAGCUCUCCUGGCCUUGGAAAGCUACCUGUACGACCUGGCCUGCACAAUCCAGAGCCCCAGAACCUCCGCACUGCACAGGGUCACACAGUCAUCAGGUCAGCAGCUAAUGCAAACCUGCCGCCCAUGCUGAUGUCCCAACGAGUGAUAGCGCCCAACCCUGCCCAGCUGCAGGGCCAGAGGGUGUCCUCUAAGCCUGGGAUGCCUCGUUCCAGCUCCAGCAGCAUGGCGAAUGCCGUCAACUACCAGCAGGCCAGUCAGCAGGUGGCAGCUUCCCAACGUUCAGGCUCCAGUGCCAUGUACAUGAACCUGGCCCACAUGCAGGCUGCUGCAGCAGUAGCUGGAGGAGUAGGGGGCGGCCUGGGUGGGGCAUCAGCCAUCAGCCCAUCCAACAUGUCCAACUCAACCAGCGGAGGCGUGGGCUCCAUCACCGACCAGGCCAGCAGCCAGGCAGCAGCUAAACUGGCCCUGAGGAAGCAGUUGGAGAAAACCCUGUUGGAGAUUCCUCCACCCAAACCCCCUGCACCACUUCUUCACUUCCUGCCCUCCGCUGCCAACAGCGAGUUCAUCUACAUGGUGGGCUUGGAGGAGGUGGUGCAGAGUGUGCUCGAUAGUCAGGGUAAACUCAGAGGGACGUUGGCCCGCACGGAGCCAUUUUUCUGCGCUCAGUGCAGAACCGACUUCACCCCUCAUUGGAAGCAGGAGAAGAGCGGCCGAAUCCUCUGUGAGCAGUGCAUGACGUCCAAUCAGAAGAAGGCUCUGAAGGCAGAGCACACCAACAGGCUGAAGAACGCCUUUGUGAAGGCCCUGCAGCAGGAACAGGAGAUCGAACAGAGGCUGCAGCAGCAGGCAGCCUUGUCUCCCAGCUCAGCCCCAACUGGCCCCAAUGCCUCCAAGACUGACACCAUGAUUCGACAUCAUGCUCUCCGCCAGGCUCCUCAGCCUCAGGCCUCUCUGCAGCGAGGGCUCUCCAACUCAGCACGAGGUGUACUGUCCAACUUUGCCCAGGCCUCCCAGCUGUCAGUGGCUAGCAGCCUCAUGGGAAUGACUGGUGCUAAGCAUUGUGGCAGCGGAGGAGGCAGUAGUAGCAGCAAUAGACUGCAGCAUGACAGCCAUCGUCAGAUCUACAAUAUCGCAGGGUUAAAUGUUGCCUAUCUGAAUCCAGCAGCAGUUGGAGCCCAUAAGAGCUCCAGCUUAGCAGACCGACAGAGAGAAUACCUGUUGGACAUGAUCCCGCCUCGAUCCAUAUCGCAGUCCAUUACUGGACAGAAAUGAGCCCUGAUCAGCCAUCCCAACCUUUUGAUGCCACCCACAUCCUUCCCCACGUUACGUCCCCAUUCUGAAGCACUCGCAGAUCAACAAACAAACCCCAACCCACCCUGCAUUGCAUGCAGUGCCUGUCCGUGUGCCUAUCCAUGAAAACCCACCUAGUCGAACAAAGACACUAAACUGUCGGUGCAUUUCAAAUGUUCUUUAUUAUAGUAAACUUCCUUGUUAGCGUUGUUUAACAAUUAUAAUUCCCAUUAUUAUCGCUGUUGGCAACACUAUUAUUAUACCUGCAACUACCAUUUUUGCUUCAGUUAUUAUUUUCAUUAUACUUUUUUCUUGAAUCAGUCUAGGGUCACUCUGGGCCACAAUCAUAGGUUUUUUUUUUUUCCCAAUCAAGUAUAAAGCUUAGACAUGACUAUUGCUAGUAACAGAAGAUCAACAGGGUGCAUUCUGGUUGCUAUGCAACAUAAAGUUAACAACUUUAAAGCUUUGUAAAAAGUGUUAGUUCGCUAACUUGAAGCAACAUGGUGGAAAAUACUGAGAAGAGAACUAAACAAUGAGAGAUUUCUCCACUUGCUCUUAAAAAGAGGACAAAGAGCUCAUUCUAAAACAGGAGCCUGUGAAGAGAGAUGUGGAAUUGGAGAGCAGAGCGCCCACACGUGUGUUCUGGUUGAAAGAAGCAGUCUUACCGCUCGGUAUGGCACAUCAUCAGAGCUGAUGAAGUGGAAGUUACUGACAACAGGUAAACGCGCACAAAUGAGAUUGCGACGUGAUCACUUCAGCUUUUCCUUCGGCCCCUACCGUUUUUCACCCUAAAGGUCAUCAUCAGUUUCCUCAUUUCGGAUGCCAGUCCCUUCCAGCACAGACAUGAAUAGCUAUCAGAUGGAUGUAUGCGGUACUUGUAAAUGUAUGCUGAGUGGCAGAUACAAGGACAUCGUCGCUGCACCCCAAAAGGAUCAGCGAUCCACAUAGACUUCAAUGAGGAGGGAGCUGACGGGCUGAAGGUCAGAUCAGUUACAAGGGCAUCUAGUGUUGACGGGGUGAUGGUGUUUGCUCAGAGAGCAGCAGGUUGUUUUUUUCCCUUCUGCAUACAUCACAUCUCACUACCUGCCACUGACCCUUCCAUGCCCCUCUCAGUACCUUUGACUAUCCAGUAUGCACAGACUGAACCCUAAAUCCUUUGACCCAGGAGCUUCUCUUUGCAUCAUGUAUUCUUUGAAAAAAUGGAAAGUACUCUGACCACAUUUUAUAUGUUUAAACCACAGAUUAUGUACGUACAGAUCUGGGUUCUAUAUGGGUUCCUUUUCUGUUUGUGUUUUUUAGGUCGUUUUCUGAUUGAUCCCUCAUACCCUGCCUCCUUUUUCUUCUUUUUUUUUCUUUCUUUUCUUGCGGCGUCUCCUAAUAAAAAUGGUGGCAUGCCUGAGAGGUGUUAGCCCCUGGAGACGAUAAUAGUCAACAUAGCUUAAAACAGAAACUAUUGAAAUAUCUGUAUGGAUUAUGUAUAAAUGCCUAGCUUCAGAAGAAAAAAAGGAUGUGGAUUAUAUCUUUUAUGGGAGAGACAUGGAUCAAUCAUUGUGUGCAUGGUUUGCACACUGGUUGCCUCAUACCAGAUGAGCACUUUGCAUGUUUCCAAUUGGAAAAAGGUUUUUGUUUGUUUCAAAGGAGAUAAAGGAUGUUACAAAUGGGAGUGGCUGAGAUCUGGAUCCUGGCUGACAGGCAAUCACAGUUCAAGGGACAUGUCAACAAACUGUGUUUGAAUAGUUACAUCCAAAGUUGCUUCACAAGUGUUGAGCUCUGUAAACAUUGCACUAGUGUCAGUUAUUACGUUCCUGAUACCCAGUGUACUGAUGACAGUUUGUAUAUGAGCUGCUUCUGGCAAUAGUAUGUCUCACUGAGCCUGAGUGACUAAAAAUCACUUCCUAAAAAGUCAUCCUCCUGUUCAAAGCAAUUCUGACUGACUGGGUCCUGGAUCAGAUUUUAGACAGAGUCUUGUCUCUUCUGUGGAGAUGUCCUGCACUUUUAUGUAGUCAGGAUGACUGCAGAGGCAGUUAUCUUUUGCUACAGCGUUCAGUUACAACGUUCCUAAUGCAUCCACAUUUGUAGGUUUUUUUUUUCUGUCACAGAUGUCCACUGUGUUUGAAGACAAUAGCACUUUCACUGUGCUCGUGUUGUAUAAUUAGAUCUCAGCAGCAUUGCUGAGCCAGAAAAUGAAGCUUGUUCCCGAAACUUAUUUUUGAAUUUAUGGCUCCCUGACCGACAUGCAGUCUUCUCCACAAAGGACAAACUCCUAGUUGACGGUCCAUUUGACUUCCCUGCAUGCUCAUCUCUGGUUAUACGAAAAACCUUGUAUUCUGAUUUGCACAUUGAUUAAUUGAACUGGUCCAUCUGCCAUGUGCUGUGUCGAUGUUAGAUGUAGAAGCAGUCUCUGCAGCAUUCCAAGUUAGAACAUGAGCUGUGUGGCCAGCCCACUCACAGUUCACAUGUUUUUACAUUUACUCUGCUCAAAACACAGUAACAGCUGCUGAUGGUUGAAAUAUAUCUUUAUGCAUUGGGUCAAGUCUUAAGAAUGUGGGUCUUCUGUUGAAGAUUUCACAAAUCCAUCACUCAACACCUUCCUGUAGCUAUAUGCAAGCAUGCAAACCUAGUGGUUAAUCUUAUUGGCAGGGAUGAGGAUGGAUCUUGUCCUUUACUAUCAUUCCCACAUUUUGUUAGAGCACUCAUGUAAAUUGAGUUAAUAUCUCUCGGGUGUUUAUCAUAUCUAGAGAGCUAUUUCCCCAGUUUGCAGGCAUGCUGGCUCAUAUGCACAAAAUCUGCUGUUAGAGAUCAUGCGGAGUGCUGUUAAACAAUAUGGCACAGGAGCGUCAUUGAUAUGAGACAGGUAAACGUACAUACAGGUGGCUCAACAAAUCGUGUGGCAAAACCGAUGCCAAUGCUGUAACAAAAAACUGAUGUCUCUGCACUCUGUAUGAAUGGAAGGUUUGUGUUGGAUAAAAUCCACUUCUUGCAUAUGUAACCAUACUUUUGGUUCUAGUACUUUAUUAUGAACGUGCUUUUCAGCUUUUUAAAUCCUAUGUACAACAUUUUCGGCUAUUUUAGAACCAGUACCUGGCAUACUGUUCAGAAGCCAGCAUGUUAACAUGCUGGAAUAAAAUGGUGAGAGUUAAUGUCUCACCUGCUACUUAGUAUUCUUAGAACUGGGUGAAAAGUGUUGGUGACAUGUAAAUGUAAUUUACAAAUUAAGCUAAAAGACCAACCAAGGUGGCACUUAAUGCAGUAAAACUGUUCCUAGCCUCUGUUCAAUAGUAGGCUGCUACAUAUCAAGAGCAGUUACAAUUAUAUCACAAUAUACACAAUUUUGUGAUAUUCAAUUAUAUCAGUAUUUUUAUCCCUGCAACAACAGCUCGUUGCUUCAGUGUCACAAUCACUGUCUAAUCUCAGUUGACCAGCCAACUCAAGUUACUGGUGCCACCAUGUUUGUUUCAUAGGAAAAGCCCAUGGACUCAAUCAACUCAUCUGGCUACAUGGUAUUGGAUCAGCCUGGAGAACUCCAUGUAGGAACAGGGAGAACUACAAACAUCACUCAGAAAGGCACAGAGCGAGAGUUGAUUCUAAUCCAGGUCCUUCCAGCUGUGAGGAAAGACUUAACCACAGUUAGUUUGUUUUCGUUAUUCAGAUACUCCUAGAACAUUUUAGAAGGUUCCUACCCACCAAUGCAGCUCCUGCCUUCUCACAUCCAGGUCAGCCGUUUCUUCAAUGCUGCACUCUAAUCAUGAGUUGCUGCUGGUGUUUUUCCAGCCACACAGUUGCUUGGUCACAUUCAGAUUCAGCACAUAUGGUGAAUAAACCAUAGUGGAUAAAAUGGUGUGCUUGAGGAAUCCCGACAUGCCUAUCACAUCUUCGAUCACAAAUAGUCAAGCAAAGUGAGACAUUUGGGUCAUGAAUAAACUACCUAUGCUUUUAUUUACACACAAACCAUUGUCUUUCAUAUGGAACUGUGGGAAUUGGAUGUAGUGCUGUAUUGUCAUCCAUUUAUAAUAUCUGGUCUCGUUGUUUUAACUUACUAAAAUAUUUCUAUUAUUUUUCUUUCAUGUUGAAGUUGAAGUUGAAGAAGAAUUAAAAAGGUCCUGUCUCUCUUUUACAGAUGCAUCCACACACCUUUGUAUUCGGACUGCAGAUUAUUUUCAAAUGUCAAUGUUUCAAUUUCAUAAGUCAUUCUUAUAAGUCUCAAUUGAGUUUUCUUUCUAUUGCAGUUUUAAAAAAGUAAAUGUAUUGACUAUGAAAUAAAUGACACAAUAUUUGUUAGGUUUGAAGUAAUAAUGACUUAUUGUACAUAAACAUUUUUCCUCCCUUGUACUGAAAAAAGAAAUUAAAUGGUUGUAUAUUGUGUAGAAAAGCAAACAAAAAGCCAUGAAUAUUGUGAAGCUUGUCAUUUCGUUUUGUGAUCAUUGUGUAUUAUUGUGUAACAAAUGUGCAAAAUGUUGGGAAUUUUUUUUUCUCCCCCCAUCUUCCUUCUCUGCUCGUUGAAGCGUUCUCCCCUGAUGCUUUGGUUUUGGGCUAGUUAGUUUGCAGAAAAGUGCUCAUUGGUUCAGACAGACAUUUUCCACAUUAGCUGUGCACAUUCACUUUUGGUAAUGUUUAUUUUUGUUGUUUUUUCUUUCUUAAUUAUUCAUUUAUAAUGUGCUCUAAAUAAAAAUGAAAGACUAAUCUUAAAAUCUGAACAUACAGCCAAAGUAGAUUUUCGAAAUUGUUCCAUACAUAAAUAUUUAGUAAAUAUCAGCCAAAGCUGAGCUUUCAGAAACUUUUAGCUUUUCUCUGUGGUGCAGCCUGACUCACCGGGCAGAAGCUUUUACUAAAAGAAGCACUAAUAGUAUUACAUUUAAAUUUUAAUUUAAGUUUUAGUUUAGGCAUUUGGUGCUAGCUUUUUGAGGUUACUCUGUGUCAUCAGUGUGUGGAACCGUGGAAUGUCUGUUUGUUUGUUCCAUGCUGACUGGGUCAUGGCUGCUGCCUGACCCAGUCAGUAUCAGUGAUCACUUUUUCUGCCAACACCAGCAAACAACUUGUAUGUUCCUCUACUUUACCCUUCUUUGGUUGUUGCUGAUGCAGGGAAAUAUUUAAUGGCUGAAUCAUUUUUCUUAACGUACCUGGAAAAAGCUUUCUCCUUUUUGCAUAUUGUUGACAAUGUUGAAGCAGCCACGUGGGGGGAGGCAGAAACACGUAGUGAAAUUGACCAGAGGCUAAUCAAAGUCCCUUUUUUUUGCUUACAUUAAUCCUGACUUUUUGCACAUAGUUGAUAUUUAAGUCUUCAAAAAAGUAAAAGAAAAUAAUGCUGUUUGAAUACUGCCAGUUGAUUGACAAUUAUGCAUUGAUUGAAAAAAUAAGCUAAUUUUGGAGGAAAUAACUUUGUAAUAUUUAUCUCUUGCAAGCUAUGUUUAAUAAAGGUUGAAACAA